AUGCACCGCCAUCCGGUGCUGAGCGCAUGGAUUUUUGCGCUGAUCACUCAAAUGAUCCGCACCGAAUUCACCCCACAUUUCCGGAAAUUUCUUCACGAAAGUUACGGAGUGAGCAUGGCUGGAUCCCUGGAGCGUACCGAUCUUGGCAUGGAUGCGUCGUUUGGUGGAAUGCAAAACAGCAACGAUAAGCCCUCGAAACAGGCUGUAAUCCUUGUGCAUGGUAUCACCAACAAAAUUACACGAUUCAUGCCGAUGGUAAAUUUCUUAUAUUCACAAGGAUACAAAAGUGCUGAAGUGUACGGUACAACUUGGGGUGACGCCGGUGUGACACCUUUAGGAUUGGUGGAUAUGAAAUGUUCUUACGUGAAACAGAUCAGAUCCUUAAUAAUCGCUGUACGACAGUAUACUGGCACUCAAGUGGACGUGAUUGCGUACUCGAUGGGAUCACCGAUUGCAAGAAAAGCAAUUCUAGGUGGUCAAUGUGUGGAUACGCGAGAAAUUCUAGGUCCGCCACUAACUGAACUUAUUGACACAUUCGUCUCUGUUGCUGGUGCCAAUUAUGGUAGUGCACUGUGUUUUGUACCGAUUCCAAUCGGGACCUGUAACCGGCGGACAGGAUUGCAUUGCGAAUCGGUCUUCUUGCAAGAUAUCAACAAUCAAGCCCGAUAUGAAGGUUCCUUCGUCUACAGCAUCUUCUCGACAGCCGAUGACAAGGUUGGCUUUCGUACAUGUGGAAAACCUGUUUCACCGAUCAAAGGUGGCACCGGAUACGUGAAAAAGGACGGUCUUAAUCAUGAUCAAAUAAUGGACAACACCCAUCAUCUACAAAUGAAUUUCAUCACAAAACAUCUUCCUAAGUAA